AUGUCCUCGAACAAGCCAAGUCCAAAGGAGAGAGAUCCCCGAGCAGAAACUAAAGCCAGAGGUCCCCGCUACUGGACGUCAAGGCGCGACGGCGAGGUGCACCUGCGGCAGGAGGACGCCUUCGCCAGCCAGGCGCCCGUCACCGUGCACGACAUGGUCAUGAACACGGCCAUCAAGUACGCCAACUACAUCGCGCUCGGCUCCAAGCACAGGACCGGCUGGCACCUGCUCACCUACAUCGAGUACUACGAGGAAUGCCGGCGCGCCGCCAAGGCCUUCCUCAAGCUGGGCCUGGAACGCUUCCACAGCGUGGGGAUCAUGGGGUUAAACUCCGAGGAGUGGGUCAUCGCGAGCAUUGGUGCUAUCAUGGCUGGAGGCUUCUCCGUUGGCAUCUUGUCCACCAACUCUCCGAAAACCUGCCAGGUCAUCGCCGAAAGCUCGGAGAUGGACAUCUUUGUGGUGGAUAAUGACAGACAGCUGCAGAAAAUCAUCCAGAUCCAGGGCUACUUGAAGCACCUCAAGGCCAUCGUCCAGUACAAGGAGGAGAUCCGGACCCGGCUGCAGAGCCUGUAUUCUUGGAGAGGCUUCCCGGACCUGGCAGACGGCGUCUCGGAAGACACGCUAAACCAGGUCAUCGACUCCCAAAAGCCCAACCAGUGCUGUGCCCUGCUCUACAGCAUGUCGAUCGCCGGCCCCCCAAAGCCCGUGAUGCUCAGCCACGACAACAUCACGUGGACCACGGAGACCGCUGCCCAGACCCUGUCUUAUAAGCGCCCCCCGGAGGAACAGGAGGUCCUGGUGAGCUACCUCCUGCUCAGCUACCUGACGGCCCAGCUCUUCGACGUGUGGGUCUCCAUCUCUGUCGCCGGAGCCCUCUACUUUGCCCAGCCGGACGCUCUGAGGGGCUCCCUGAUAGACACGCUGCGGGAGGUCAAGCCCACCAUGUUCUACAGCGUCCCGUGGGUCUGGGACAGAUUGCUGGACAGCCCGAAGACCAGCCAGCUGGCCUCCACCCCGUUCCGGAGGAGGCUCGACAAGUGGGCCAUGUGUCUGGGGCUCAGGACCAACAAAAGGCGGAUGUUGGGACCCGCCCCCCCCCCGUGCUUCAGCCUGGCCAAGAGGCUGACCUUCAGCCAAGCACGGAGGUUCCUGGGCCUGCAGCGUUGUCGCCAGUACUUCAACCUGGGCACGGGGCUCUCCGGAGCCACCACGGAGUACUUCCUCAGCCUCAACAUGCCCAUCUGUGAGCUCUACGGCCUGUCCGAGAGCACGGGCGUCCACACGCUGUCCAGGCAGGAGGGCUUCCGGCUGCUGAGCUGUGGGAAGUCCCUCCCCAGCACCCGCACCAAGACCCAGAAAGAAGAUGGGGAUGGCAUUGGGGACAUCCACAUUUGGGGCCGGAACAUCUUCAUGGGGUACCUCGACGAUGAGGAGAAAACCCAGGAGAAGAUUGAUCUCCAUGGCUGGCUGCGCACGGGGGACCUGGGCUUUUUGGAUGAUGACGAAUUCCUCUACGUCACAGGCAACGAAAGGGAUCUCAUCACCCUCAGUUCAGGUGAGAAGAUCAACCCGAACCCCAUCGAGGAGCGGGUGAAGAGGUACAUUCCCCUUGUCCGCUACGUCGUGCUGGUGGGCCAGGACGCCCCAUACCUCUGUGCCCUGCUCACGCUCAAGUGCCAGAUCAACACGGACACGGGGGAGCCUCGGAACGCGCUGACCAGCGAGGCGGUCGCUUUCUGCCGGCAGCUCAAGAGCCAGUCCACCAGGCUGUCGGACAUCGUCUGUGACAGAGACCCGGUGGUCACAGAGUUCGUCAGUCAGGGGAUCGAUGCUGCCAAUGCAGAGGUCACCUCCAACAGCGCCAAGAUCGUUAAGUGGACCAUCCUUGAGACGGACUUCUCCAUGGCCGGAGGGGAGCUGGGGGCAACCGCCAAACUGAAGAGGGCCAACGUGGGCAAGAUGUACCAGCCUGAGAUUGAAAGCUUUUACUCGGAGAAGGAUGAAUACUAG